AAUUGAAGUUAAUGGGCUGGACGAACGCUGCUUUCCAGCACGCUAGGUGCAGUAUAAAAAGCCUCGUCUUCAGCCCCAAUAGACACACAACUUCUUCAGCUUCUCCAGCAACAACAAGUUCUCCUCCACAACUUCAAAACAAAAUAAUGGCUUCUAAACUGAUUUUGGUCACCCUUUGCUUGGCUGCCGUGAUUGCUGCCGCUUCGGCUCGUCCACGAUUCUUGGCCAUCCCAAUUGAAGACAUCCAGUUCCUCAACGGACCGUCUCCUUUCAACCCCGCUCACCACCGUGUCGCCCGCCAGACCAAUGUUGAUCGCGAACCCGAAGCUGCUGCAUCUGGCAGCUACCCCAGCGGAGGCAGUGAUGCUGUCGACUACGGAGCGUACACCGGCGGAUACGGAGCUUUCGGCUGGUACUCUGACCACCCCGUCGGCAACUACGGCAGCAGCUAUUAAAAGAUGAAGACAAUUAAAAAGACCUAAUCCUCCACCGAACACUGACGAAAGACCGCCGUCCAACAGCCAGCUCAUUCGUUAUUUAACAAAAGCUAGUUGCUCUAAAGGUGGUGUCUUUUUCUUGAACAUUGUCAAUAUUUUCAACUAUUUCGACAUUUGUCUGCUGCGCAGUCACUUGUCUGACCGUUUUUCAUUGUAUUUUGUAUGUAUGUUGCCUGCAAUGACCAUCUAAUUGCGGGGAAAAUACAGCAACCCAUUUUCAUCGCA